CACCCACUACACGCUUACUAAUACCUUCUAGAAGCCGUCUUCAUGCUUCAGGGCUCCCUUUCAACCUACUUCCUCACCGCUUUGACCAUCUUGUUGUCUUGCUGUAGCUUCAGUGUCGCAAGUUCAGCGAAUCAAGCGCAGUGCAAGGCAUUGGUCACGUUCAAACAUGAGAUGGUCGUGAAAUACCCUGGUCGUUACCCAGAUCCAACACAAAAUGAUUUCCGAGACGAAUUCAGAAACGCUGGACUGUGUCAAGUGACAUGCAAACACUUUUCCAAGGAAGUGUUCUCAACGCACUUUACCACUGAUUGCACAAUCAAGGGGAAGAUUCACGCUGCAGUCAGCAUACAACCAUUCGGGGUGGAAAUCAAUGAAACAACCUGCAAAUGCAUCAUGACAGCUGUGAUCCCAAAGCUGCCAAUUGGCUCUCCAGCAGGAACUUCUUGUGACGUCGAGAGUAUCGAGGCCAAGAUCCACGGUAUGUGGAAACAAGACGAAACAAAUAUGAACCAUCAAUUGAGGCUCAAGAAUGGCAUGACUUUCGACUACAACCUGCGUUAUGGAACUUUGAGACGCAUCCAGGUUGGCCGAGGCUACGUCACGGACAAAGGUUCUAUCAAGUGCUAAGUGCCAUCUGACGAUGCUUGCCAAGGUACACGAGAACACACCUGUUCAGCCCAUAUCUCGCCUUGUCAGCCUCGUUCCUCCCUGGAUUUGCAUAUUUGGCAUUUACUAGCCUCACUCUGUUCAACGACAGCUUCUUCAAUAAGGCACCCAAGCUCCAACGUUUCCUUUUCUGCUGCUGUUUUCAAUGCCUGAUAACGCCUUCCAUAGACAACUUGAAGCUUUCUACAUAACAGUGUUGCAAAAUAUUGCUCUUAAACUAUAGCUUCGGCCUGGCCGAAGAGACUUGC